ACGUCGACAGACGCCUCUGCUGAACACAGCCCGUCACGUGACUAGUGACGUUACGUGUCAGGAGGUCACGGAGCUGUGUCUGCUGCUCGGGCUCUGUAAUGAGGAAUUACGACAUGUUUUGAAUAUCGACAGACCAGUCCUUACAGGAGAUCUUUCCUCGUGGAUCAGCCUCGCCAUUUCUAGGACAAGGUAAUGGAUCUGCCAGGUGAGACCGUCCCUGAACUCCUAGCCCACUGGGCUGGAGUGGAUGGUGACACAGAAGCCUUCGUGACUGUGAGUGCUGACGGCGGCGAACGACGAGCCCUGACGCGCCGAGAAGUGUACGACCUGUCCCGCAGUUUUGCGUCACGUUUGUACGAGCGCGGCGUGCGCAAGGGUCACGUGAUUUGCGUGUCCUUGCCCAACAGUCUGGAGCGGCUGGUCGCGGACUUUGGAACGAUCUUGGUGGGAGCCACUACCCAGAAUGGACAAAUCCUUCGAGCAGACGGGGAAGAUUUUGUUCGAGCUCUCAAUAGCACUAAAGCCUACGCUGUGGUGCUUAAUCCAGAGGCUGAGCAUGGGGCUUGGCAAAUUCUAAGGCGGUUCAUCAGCAGCCCUGCAGGUGAGGUGCAGUGCCCAGAGCUGCUCUACCUUCGUCACAUUAUUGUGUGCACGCGCAGUCAGAACAACGACCUCGAUUUCCUAGCCCAGCUAAGGGCGGUCCCACCAGCGCCAGUUACGACGCUGCCGAGGGUAGAGGCGUCAGACAUCGCAGUCAUCUUUGCGACAUCAGGGUCUACGGGCUUCUCCAAGCUGGCGCCGCAGCGUCACAGCAACCUGUUGCACAUCAUGCGACAAGUGCAGCGAAUCUCGCAGCUGUGCAGCGGGGAGCGGUUCAUCAACUGCUCCUUGCUGGGCUGGGCGGCGGGAUUUCCCCUGUGGUAUCUGGGCUGCGGUUCGACUCGGGUCUUUGUGGACUGCUUCGCGGGCUUCCCGCAGGACAUGGCCGCGGCCAUAUGGCACUGCGUGCAGCAGGAGAAGUGCGUCUACGCCUUCCUGACUCCGAUGUACGUUGCCGCCAUACUGGACCGGAAGAACCUGUGGCAGCGGGCUGGCGCCUGGCGACUUCGCGGUAUCAAUGUGGCUGGGCAGCCUAUGAAGCGGGCGGUAGUGGCAGCGGCCGUUGGGGCCUUCUGCGACGCCGUCGACAUCAACUAUGGCACAACGGAGUGCGGCGUCAUCGCCACCGGACGCGUCACGGCUGAGUCGUCGUCGUCCUACGUGGACGGCCUGACCGGCCCUCCAGCCUUUGGCGUUGACCUACGCAUCGUCGACGAGGACCUGAAAGACGUGCCAAUGGGUCAGACGGGCGAGGUUCUGGCGCGCAGCCCGGCCCUGUAUGGAAGCUACAUCGACAAUCCAGAGGCCUCGGCACGCUCCUUCACGCCGGAUGGCUGGUUCCGCACGGACGACGUCGGGUACCAGCUCCCCGACGACGGUAGAGUCGUUCACCUAGGUCGCCGAUCGGAUGCCAUCAGCCGCGGCGUCUACCUAUGCUACCCGGGGUGGCUGGAGACGCUGCUGUGCCGCGCACCAGGCGUGGCCGAUGUCUGCGUCGUGCCGGUUCCGGACCAGGUGCUGCAUCACGAGAUCUGCGCAUGCAUUGUGCCGGCUGAGGAUCCCCCGCCUUCCGACUUUAUCGCUACACUGAGGGACUACGCCGACUCACAGCUGCUGACGACACAGGGUGAUGCGCAGCACAUGGCCCCCAAGUAUUAUAUCAUCGUGGACAAGCUGGCCCUAACGCCUACCGGUAAAAUCAGCCGGAAAAUCAUGGCUGAGCUGGCAGCGACACGCCUGGGCAUGGUGCCAAACAGCUCGUAAAAGUCUUCAUGAGUUUAUAAACAUGAUGAGAUUAAUUAGAGGCUGCUGUGUAGCGGUAAUCGUACAUCGGUUGGUCAGGAAGGUCGUGCUUCGUGCUAUCAUAGCUGAUGCAACAAGGUUGUGAAUGUACCAGAUACUUAUACAAACAAAUCAACAUUAAUGUUAAUUUUGUGGGAAGAAGCUUCCACUCAAUCUGGUCACCCUCACCCGUAUUUUAUAUUGAAGUACUGGGUCGCGAGACUUUACACGUUAUUUAUACCAGUAAACAGAAACCACUGGAUCAUGC